AUGUCAGAUUUCAACUUAUUUUCAUCUAAAACUGACAUUAAAAAAUUAUUAUUUACAACUGAUAAAUUUAAAUUUGAUGAACAAUGUUCGACGGAUUCAUGGCAGGAUUUACCCGGUGCAGCGCUAUCAUCCGUACACUCGUCAUUUAUUCAUAAUCAACCUAUUCAAACAUCAACAUUCUCCGACAAUCGAAAUGAUUAUGGAUGGGAAACUCUUGAUGACUAUUCAACAAUACCACGAUCCUAUAAUAUCGAUUAUGAGAAAGCAUCAAAGAAACCGCCCAGUUAUUGUCGUCUUGAUCGACGUGGACAUUGGCUACUUUUGCCACCACCCCCGUCUCCAAUGCAGCCAUUACUUCAUACCGAUGCAAAGAAAGUUGUUACCUAUUUUAAUAACAAACGUUUCCCAAGAGAUUCUACUCAACUGCAACAACCUGAACAAAAUUUUCAUGAUUCAUAUGAAAGUCUAACUGUUUCAAUGGAUUUUCAUGUACCCGAAGAUGAAUUUCUCAUUGAUGAUGACAAUUUAAAUCGACAAAGAAAACCACUAUGGAAAAAUAAAAUGCCACAAAUUCAACAUAAAACAUCGGAUGAUUCGCACAAAAAAUCGAGAUGUAUUAAACCUAAUCACGGUAAAGUAGCUAAUCAAUUCGACGAAGAAUUAGUCCAAGAACAAUUACGUUAUAACGGUAUACUUGAAAUAUCUCAUAUUCGUAAUCAAGGCUGGCCUGUUCGUUUCACAUUUGAAGAGUUUUUAAAACGAUAUAAAUUUAUAUCCUAUCCGCAAAGUAGUCCGGUAAGAAUCAAUGAAGUAACAUGCGAAACAAUUCUUAAACAACUUAAAUUUAAUGAUUACGUUAUUGGAAAAUCUAAAAUCUUUUUAAAAUUGCAACAUUUCGAAGUUCUAAAUCAACGUUACGAACAGUAUAUAAAAAAAAUAAUAAUAUGUCAAAAAAUCAUUAAAGGUUUUCUUACACGACAAAAAAUUUUACGUAAAGCAAAAUACAAUGCGACAGAACGUCAUUCGUUUAUGAGCGAAGUAAACUAUAGCGGCAAGAAAAUAAUGGAUAAACUAGUAGCAUUACCGAACGUCUCUGCUAAGAGUAUUCAACAGAUACCAUUAAAUCCUGAUGAUAGUAAACGUUCAGGUCAUUACGCAAAAAAACGAUUAAAAUCUAAUAAAAAAUCAACGUCAACCGCUGAUGAAUCCAUUCCAAUGGAUGAACACGAACAUACUGAAAUGUUACGAAUAGCAAAAAAAUUACAAUUACUAAACAGUGAUGAAAUCAAUGAAUUAGAUGGUAAUGAUCACCAGGUAGCAUCAAGCAAUACGUCGGAAUCGAUUUCGAAAACUCCUCAUGAUGUCAAAGGUUUAUCUGAACGUGAAGUUCGCAUUCUUGUUCAAGAUCAAUUUACACCUGGCACGAUAGCAGCGUUUAAAGGAGUACCGCAGAAAAAAUUUCCAUUGGAGUCAAAUAUUGAACUAGGCUCUGGAUUAGCAAGUGCAACAACAUCACAGUAUCCUUCAAAAUGUCAUGAUGGUAACAUUUCUGAGAUGGCUGGGAAAAUUCCUAUCGCAUCAGCAAUGAAUUUAGCAACUACCGAACAAUUAUUAAGACAAUCAAAAAUUGCUGGAGCCAGUGGGGAUCUAUUUACGACUGAUUGGGCAGUUGGACAAAAUGGAAAAAAGCAUCCGACUAGCUUGCGUUCAAAAUCCGAGCCUCGAAAUCUUCUCGUUGAUAUGAAAGAUCAAUAUAUGUUAUCGGACCAAAAGCGUAAUCUAGUUAAAAAAAUUCUGAUGAUACAAAGACAAAAAUUUAAGGAUAAUGUAGCACGUAAAAGUAGUAAUUGUGAAAAUGCAACAUACAGUUUUACUCAUGGAAAUCAUUCAUCACCAAAUGAAGAUGACCAAGCCUUAUUGAAUAAUGAUAAUAAAGACUGUUGGGACGCACCGCGUGCAAUUGACGUUCGUGAAGCCUACGAAAGCACUGUUCAUUGUUAUCGAUUAUCCAUGAGAAUGCUCAAACUUGCUACUUAUAUCGUACUUUUUAUUGGCGUAUUAUUAACUGCACUUGUUAGUAAAGGAGCUCUAUUACUGAUGACAAACUCGGUGGCAAAAGUACAAGAGGCACCGUAUCGAGAACGAUGGGUAUGGAUGUUAUUAGGAACUGUGUGCGCUCCACAUAUAUUUACAUUUUUCGAGAGCCUUGGCAAAUGUCUAUUUGGUAAUAAACCAUGGCCCACUGUAAAAAUAUUCACGGUCGUUUUUUUCAUCGAAACUCUACAUAGUUUUGGCAUAGCUAUAUUUGUUUUUCAUAUAUUACCAAAAUUAGAUGCUGCCAGAAGUUUAUUAAUAAUGAAUGCUGUUUGUCUUGUACCUGCUUUUUUAAAAUUAUUUUUGACUAAAUCAAAUGCAUCGAUUAUUCGUCGAAGUCUAUUGUUUCUGAUGGAUUUUUUUGCAUUUGCUAUGCAAUGUUCAUGUAUUGGUAUUGCAUUAGCAUCGAAAUUUUUAAAAAGUGAUGGACCUAUUCAUGCUCAAACGACAGUAUCGCCAUUAUUUUAUCUAGCAAGUACUACGACAAUACCACUAUUAAAUCGGCAUAAACGGCAGGACGAUCCGUCGAAUGCUGGUUUCGAUUUAUAUAGUAUCGAUAAUCAUGGAAAUAAUGAGAAUAUUCUAUUGUCAACGCCGCUCGGUAAUAUUAGUUCAAUCGAUCAGAAUUUACAAACAAUUUUAGCUGGCUUUCAUAUUGAAUGGGAACUGCCGGUGGCACUUAUUCUUGUUUCAUUAGCUUGGUGGGAAAAUUUUGUUGAUCGUGAUAUAAAAAUUGGCGGUCGUACAAUCGUUCAUAUGAAACUAUUGAAAGAAAAUAUUCUUGCUACACGAGCGAAAACAUCAAUAAUAAUGACGUGUUGGAAAAUUUUUGUAACCAUUCUAUUUGCUUAUAUAUUUCAUCAAGGUAUAUUUAACACGUCUGUUAUUUUCCCAAUAAAUGGCAAUAAUGAACAAAUGGAAGAUCCACUACCGAAAUUAUCAGCUGGACAAAAUUCAUGGGCAGCAUUAGAUUUUGAUCAACAGCCAGCGGAAGGCAUGUUUCCAAUUUUUCCGCCGCGUGAACGUCGCUCGACUGAUAAUAUAUCAAUACUUUUGAGCCGAAUUAAACGACAAAUGGAUCAUGAAUUAUCAGCUGGUUUACCAUUUGAUGAUGAUCCAUUACAUGCGUCGCUCUUGGGGAAUAAUCUCGCCGGAAGUAAUCCUGAAGAAAUCAACCCAAAAGAUCGUUGGAUAUUUUAUUUGGCUCCAAUGAUAAUAAAAAUUCUUUCCGAUGCAUUAUGUUUCUAUAUGGGCCGUUUAGCAUGUAAACUUUGUAUGCAACGUGUAUGUUUUGCUUUGCCACUUGCAUUAGUGACACCAUUGGCAUUGACAAUAUUACUCGUUAUGUGUUCUGUUGCACCGAAAUCAACUGUUUUUGUUGAAAAUUUUCUCUUUUGGAGUUGCUAUGCUGAUUAUGCUAAAGAAUCAUUUCGAUGGCAAGUUAUCUGUGGUCUUGUUCUCUGGUGGCUAUCCGAAUUAUGGAUUGGUGGACAUAUUUGGUUUGGAAAAAGUCAACGUUUAGCAUUCACAGAACGGUUGUUUGUUUCGCCGCGUUAUUGUGCAACAUUACUUGAGCAAUCGUUAAUGAUGAAUCGACGUCGAAAUGAACGCGAUGAAAUAUUAGCUGGCACAUACGAUGAAAUGGGUGCAGCAAAUCCUGAAUCGGAAUUCGAUGAGCAAAGCAUGGAAGAAUUAUCCAUGGAGAAAAAAUUAAGCGCAGAUGUACACACGAAAAUUUAUUCAUGUGCAACAAUGUGGCAUGAAACUGAAACGGAAAUGUUACAACUAUUGAAAUCAAUUAUGAGAUUGGAUAGUGAUCAAUGUGCUCGACGGACAGCUCGAAAUUAUUUACAUCUUAAAGAUCUUGAUUAUUACGAAUACGAAGGGCACAUAUUCUUCGAUGAUGCUAUGGAAGAAGAUGACAACAAUGAACAAGUACCAAAUAAAUUUGUCCAGCAAUUACUUGGAGUGGUGGAUCGAGCUGCCACGGCAAUCCAUCAAUGUCCAAUGAAAAUCCCUCCGCCAUUUAAAACACCAACACCCUACGGUGGACGUUUAACGUGGGUAUUACCAGGCGGAAAUUUUCUAAUAGCACAUAUCAAAGACAAAACAAAAAUCCGGCACAAAAAACGAUGGAGUCAAGUUAUGUAUAUGUACUAUUUACUGGGCUAUCGAAUUUUCGGUGAUCUGAAUAUAAUUGAAAAAUUAUAUAAAAGAAAACGAAAGAAAGAUUCAUCAAAAAACAAAUCGAAAUUAUUUAAAGGCUUUGGAAAUCUACUACAUAAUAUGGAUAAUAAAAAACGAAUACAAAUGGAAAACACAUAUCUAUUGGCAUUGGAUGGUGAUGUAGAUUUUCGACCUGAAGCCGUUCGUUUACUUGUUGAUCGAAUGAAGAAAAAUAAAAAAGUCGGUGCUGCAUGCGGUCGAAUUCAUCCUAUUGGCAGUGGGCCAGUUGUUUGGUAUCAAAAAUUUGAAUAUGCUAUUGGUCAUUGGCUUCAAAAAGCAGCUGAACAUAUUCUAGGCUGUGUUAUGUGUAGCCCAGGUUGUUUCAGUCUUUUUCGUGGUUCAGCAUUAAUGGAUGACCAUGUUUUACGUACAUAUUGUACGAAAUCAACCGAAGCUCGACACUAUGUACAAUAUGAUCAAGGUGAAGAUCGUUGGCUAUGUACACUUCUAUUACAAGAAGGAUAUCGUGUUGAAUAUUGCGCUGCAUCAGAUGCUUUGACUUAUGCGCCAGAGUCGUUUCAUGAAUUCUUCAAUCAACGUCGUCGAUGGGUUCCAUCCACUAUUGCAAAUAUCAUCGAUUUUCUUGCUGAAUAUAAACGAAUUGUUCUUGUUAAUGAGAGUAUCUCAUAUUUAUAUAUUAUCUAUCAACUGUUUCUCAUGAUUUCAACGGUAUUGGGUCCAGCAACGGUACUUCUUAUGAUUAUCGGAGCAUUCAAUGCGUGUUUUGGUACAAGUCUCUGGCAGUCCAUGUAUAUGUCUGUCUUACCGGCAUUCUUUUAUCUUCUACUAUGUUUUCAUACGACGACUGAUUUUCAAAUACGUGCAGCAGCUUUUCUUUCGGCUGUAUAUGCGAUUAUAAUGAUGUCGGUCGUUGUUGGUACCACGAUACAAAUUGCUGAAGAUUCUUGGACGUCUCCGAAUGCUGUUUUCCUGAUGCUGCUAUUUUCGAUAUUUUUUACGGCAGCUUGUAUGCAUCCACAGGAAUUUUGGUGUAUAGUGCCUGGUUUACUCUAUUUCUUAUGUAUACCAAGUGGAUACUUGUUUCUACUGAUUUAUUCGCUGUGUAAUCUCAAUAUUGUAUCAUGGGGUACGAGAGAAGCACCGAAAAAGGUGAAAAAAAAUCAAAGUAAAGAAGAAAUCGAACGGGCUAAAAUGCAAGAAUUAUCACAAGCAAAACAAAAAUCAGCUGGCUUUUUGAAUCAAGUAUUUGCAAAUUUUAAUCUUAAAAAAUAUGACCAACGCAUACGUUCUUAUGCACGGAAAUGGCUUGGCCUAGAGCGGUCAGGAUUAAAUGGUGUACUCUUACAACAAAUUUUAAGUGCUGUUGAACGAAUGGAAAAAAGUAAAUAUGAUGAAGAAAUGGAUGCUGUAGCUACUACCGGUUUAUAUCCUCAACAAAAUCAAAGUCAAGGCGAAUCCGAAGUCGAUCCUAAGUAUGGUCUUAUGCAAUUAGCAGUUCGCGCCGGUUCAACAGGAGCUCUAACUCAUCGCGCUAGUUAUUCGCAAGCUGAUCAACAACAAUUAAUUUAUCGUGGAGCAAAUAAUUCCAGAAGUACACCCUACGGACAAAUAAUGUCGUAUGGCGGUGUUUCACGUCCAUUCGAAGGUCCUGUUAUAAAACGUGAUGAACUAGUAAAUCCUGCUUGGAUCUUUGAAGAGUCUUUACAAGACUCGGAAGUAGUCAUGCUUGAUUCUCGCGAAACAAAAUUUUUUCAAGAAUUAAUUGAACGUUACUUAUACCCGUUAGUUGAAGAUAAAGAUCAUCAGAAAAAAAUGGUUCGCGAUCUAAAAUCCUUACGUAAUAAUGGCUGUUUCAUAUUUUUUAUGAUCAAUACAUUGUGGCUCGUUAUUAUAUUUUCAUUUCAACUUGUUUCUGAACGUAUACGUGACUAUGUAUUUAUACCAAUAAAACGUUUACAUAAUGAACCGUUACGUUUCGAGCCACUUGGCUUAGGUUUUUUACUUUUUUUUGCAACUAUUUUACUUGUACAAUUUGUUUCCAUGUUAUGGCAUCGUUACGGAACAUUAUUACAUUUAUUGGCAUCAACAGAUUUGAAAAUAUGUCAACGAAACAAUGGCAAAAACAGUCGUAGUCAUCGACGUGGCGAUUUCACUACGGAUAAUGUUGAAGAUGCUGUUGAACAAGUUAAAGCUUUACAACAAUUGAAAGGUUUCGAUGAAGAAGAUUUACCUGAACCUGACUAUGAUGAUGAUAAUGAGGAUGCUGAUCAAGAUGAUAAACUAGCAUCGGAGCCUGAUCUAUCAACGACUGGUCUUGUCUAUCAUGGCGGCAGUAGACUCAUAAGAAACUCACCAUGCACAUCACAACAAUGGAGCGAUACAGCAGCGAAAGUCAAUGAUAUGCAACGAAAUUUAGACACAACAGAUCAUAGUGACAUGAGUCAACUAUGUGGAUACGUCUCGGGAUCAGUUAAAACAUAUGGCAGCAAUUAUGAAGCUAUAAAACGACGUCAAGCAUCGAAUAAACGUCAUUUAUAUAAUAAAUCACUUGAUCAUGUAUUUAAAUCGCGUUAUCAAGCAUUGGCGCAAGAUAAAAAUCAACAACAAUCAAGUAAAAAUACCCGAGGUAAAUUAAGUGAUGUUUUUCAACAGCAACAAGCAGGCCUACCAAGAGCUAGAAGAACAUCAAGUGCAUUAACAGUACGCGAUAAUGCUAUUGCUGGAAAUGUUCAACAGCCAACAGCCAUUACAAAAAAGCACCGGAGGAAAUCAAAAGAACGACACUUAGAACAUGUGUAG